UCUGACACUUGUGCACUUGGACAAAAAAGUUAGCAGACAAACCUAGGACUUUAUUUGCAUCAUGGCUUCAUGAACAGAACAGAAUAGCAACGUGCUGCCUUUAUUUUAAAAUUUUACAGGAUUACACACAGACCAUAACAUUGUGAUUUAUUCUGUUGAGUAAGAAAAAAAGUAACAGGAAAAGGUAAAAUGAGAAUUAAUGGGACUCAUCUGAACAGUACAUCACCGGUCCCUCAGGAGCUCACUUUGGAUCGACCUGCCUGGGUAGCCACCACUUUGGGCAGCUUUUUGAUCUUUACAAUUGUGGUAGAUAUUCUGGGCAAUCUUUUGGUCAUUUUUUCAGUUUACAAGAACAAGAAAUUAAGGAAUGCAGGAAACCUGUUUGUUGUUAGCCUGGCUGUGGCAGACCUUGUGGUGGCAAUCUAUCCUUAUCCUUUAGUCCUUACGUCAAUUUUUCACAAUGGAUGGAAUCUCGGAUAUAUGAACUGCCAAAUCAGUGGAUUUCUAAUGGGACUCAGCGUGAUUGGAUCUAUCUUCAACAUAACAGGUAUUGCAAUAAACCGCUACUGCUACAUCUGUCACAGUCUAAAGUAUGAUAAGUUAUAUAGUGACAAAAACUCGCUCUGCUGUGUUAUUCUGAUUUGGGUUCUGACCGUCAUCGCCAUUGUGCCCAACUUGUUUGUAGGAUCGCUGCAGUAUGACCCCAGAGUGUACUCUUGCACAUUUGUGCAGUCAGUCAACUCAGCCUAUACUAUUGCUGUGGUUUUCUUCCACUUCAUACUCCCCAUAAUGAUUGUCACCUACUGCUAUUUGAGAAUAUGGAUUUUGGUUAUCCAAGUGAGAAGACGGGUGAAGCCUGACACCAGACCCAAGCUGACUCCCCAUGACGUUAGGAAUUUUGUCACCAUGUUUGUGGUGUUUGUCCUUUUUGCAGUUUGCUGGGCACCGCUAAAUUUCAUAGGCCUUGCAGUUGCAGUAAAUCCAGAGACUGUGAUACCCAGAAUUCCAGAGUGGCUUUUUGUUGCCAGUUAUUUCAUGGCUUAUUUCAACAGCUGCCUUAAUGCUAUCGUCUAUGGACUGUUGAACCAGAACUUCAGAAGAGAGUACAAAAGAAUAAUUGUCUCAGUGUGCACGGCAAGGAUUUUCUUUCCUGAUAGCUCUAAUGAUGCAGCUGAAAGAAUCAAAAGUAAGCCAUCUCCUUUAGUGAUCAACAACAAUCAAGUGAAGGUGGAUUCAGUCUGAACAAUAGUGAACCAUGAAGAAAAUGCCAAAAAUGCAUAACAGCUUUCAGUGCAAGAAACGUCUAACAACUGUUUUCAAUCAUGUUUUUCCAUCUGUAAAGUUGAAAAGACAAUGCUUUUCUACAUUAGUAUUAUUGUGCAAGUACAGUACAUUAUCAUAAUCAUGUUUGUCAAUAUUUUUGCAGUGAUAUCAUUAUUGUAAAAUAUGUAUGAAACAUAUAGUUGAUUUUUUUUGUAAUACAAAACUUUCAGACCUAAACCACUGUACCCUUUUUUAAUGGAGUGUUUAGGGUCUGAAUACAUGAAUGUUACAUCACAGCUGUACCCUGUUUGGGGUCAAUUGUAUAGAGAUAUACCCCAAAUCUGAAAAUCUAGCACUAUCUCUUGUAUGGUAGUAAAUGUCCCAAAUGCAAGUGCGAUAGAAUAGAAGUGAUGUCAACCACCAUCAUGGACCAGAGUAUAAAAGUUCUGUCAUAUACUUUAAUAUAGCUGGAUCUCAAUCAGUUUUCCACAUGUUUAAUUACCAUCACCAAUGAUGAUUAUGAUAAUUCAAAACAAAACAAAUAAACUAUGCAGGACUAUUGGGAAUACUUAAGAAUGCUAACUUUACGAAUGCUUGAUUCCAUGAAAUUGUUGACAGCCUCUGGUAAUGCUUAUAACAAACAACAGCCCAUCACAUGCUCUCAUAUAUCCACGCUUGCUGAUUUGCAUACCUGUAUUUUAAAUAGGGGAGUAGGCAUAAAGUAUUGUAUUUUAGGUAUCAGCGUACAUCAUAUCAUAUUAUUUCAUAAUACCAUAUAUCUCACUUAUUAAUUAAAUAUGCUAGGUGUUAAAUAUUCACAACUAUACCAGUGAUUGAGUUUCCUAUUGAUUUCAUAUUCAAAUCUAAAGCCAGCUGUAUGGGGCUUCUAAAAUCUAAAAAUACCAUUUUGUCUUUGCACUGUCUUUCACUGUUUGCAUGGAAAAUAGUGUAGGAACAGGACAUGUGCUUGGAUUUCACUUAAGAUGAAUGGGAAGCCAUUCUCUCUCGAACUCACUAUACCCAUGCCUGUGUGUGGCAUAGGCUAAAGCAAUACAAAGUUUGGCACUGCACCCACUUAUCAGUUAGACUGACCAAUAUUUACCUAACUUUAAUCACACCUAGAUGCAAACAGGCACUCUACCCCCACAUUCAUCUUUCUUAUCUGUUUUUUGGGGAUUUCUCUAUUUUGGUCUUUUAGAGGCUGAUGUAAGGAUAGGCGUAGUGCAAACAAUUGUGGCUGCAAAAUCCAAAUUGCCUAGCGGCCAGGCAAUUAUUUUGCACUGCGGCCUAUGUAAGCUUAAGAACAAUGCCAAUUACUCAACACGCACAAAUAAUGAGCCGCAAUCAUGAUAAUGAGGGUCACAAUGAGCGCCGCCUGUGCAUCGAGGUAUUUAUUUAGCGUGAGUUGAGGUGAGUUAGGAGUACAGAGAGCAGUAGGCGCUGUAUGAGAUUUGUGCCUCAUGAAAAUCAAACCAAACAAAAAAAUAUGUCAGAGGAAGGCAGCAAAGUCCUCUUGGCACAUGGAAAAGAAAAUAAAUGUUUUCUGAGGAGCUGAGGUCACUCAGCAUGAAAUUGAGUUAUUUGGAAAAGCCUCAGCCAACAUUAGUUAUGCUACCAAAGAGGCCAUAUGGUCCUCUAUAGUGGAGAAUGUCAAUGCUGUCAGUGUUACCAUGAGGACAGUCAACCAGGUGAUGAAAAGGUGAAAUUCAGCGAUUAGGUCUAGGAUGACCUGCGGAGUGAGACGAUAGCGCCUUACCACCGCAACCUCCUGCAUCCCAAACACCCAGUGACUUUUAUUUUGACCAGUGUGUUUUGGUUAGUGUUUGUACCGUUUUGUUUCGUUAAUUUGUUUGAUUAAAAAGCGCAAUAGCGUGUUUAAACUUGCCUUCUCUGCCUCUGAGUCUCUUCCUGAUAUUCACCAGCCUGGGCUGUGUCAUCCUGUUACAUGAUGGCAAUGUGCUAAUUUGAUAGUGGGUGCAGAACGGCAGGUGAAAAUCAUUCUUUACAUAUGCCGCAUUUUUAGUGCCACUUUGUGGCCGCUAAAGUCCCACUUCACAGCUGCUAAACAUGGUUUGUGCAUGCAAAACGCAGAUUUUGGCUGCAAUAUGGGUGUUUUGCAGCCGCAAAUCACUUUGCAUGUGUCCUUACAUCAGCCCCUUAGUGUGCUGCCCUUCCCCCCUUUACAACUGAGUACCAAUCCAUGGCAAUUAACCUCUGCAUUUAGUGUUUAAAAAGCUGACUGGCAAUUAAAAUAUGUUACAAAACUAGAAAAUGCAACUGAUUCAAGAUUUUUCCUUACCUAACA